AUGUCAAAAACAUUACUUACUCUUCUCGGAUUAGUCGCUACUAUCUCAGCAUAUAACAGUCCAGUCGUUAGCGAUGAUAAUCAAGAUUGGUCACCAAAAGGAAUUAACAUGGUUGAAUUUAAAUACUACUUCACUGUUAUGAGAGCCAGUCUUGAGGGAACUCUCCAAGGUCUGUACGCAGAUGAUUCCAUCCAACUUUAAAAGAGAUGCAUGGACCAGGAUACUCUUGUAAAAAUUGUUUCCAUUGAAUAGAUCCUUUCAUCAGGUGAUGUCCUUGGACUUUUCAAGAGCUCAGGCGACUUAUUUGCUCUUGCUUAUACUUUUGACAAAACUUGCGACUUGAAUGAACUUUUCUUCGAGCUCAGCAGCUGGGCAUUCAAGAAUGGAACUACUGGAGAGCAAAUAAAUGAAAACUUUAAAAGUAACUUAUUCUCACUUACUGGUGCUGUCAAUGAAAUAGCCCAAGUCUUCUUCAGUGGCAACAAGUAAAUCGAUUUCACUGAUCUUGAAAAGGCAAAGAGUCAAUACACUCUUCUUGGAAAGAAAGUUGGCUAAAUUUUCAGAGUCAUCUUCAAUUUCAAUGCCCCAUACGUUCCAAAUAAGGACAAGGAUAAUAACGGCAAUGGAAAAUCAGUCCAAGCUUUCAUUGAAUGA